CCAAACUGAAACCACACCUCAUUUCAACACCUCCUUUCUCUCUCCCUAAAACUAAUCGUUUCAAUUGAAAAUUCCGCCGCCUGUAUUUAGGCAGAGCGCGAGAAAAUAAAAAUAAAAAUCGGAAAUGGCGAUGAAGGAUAAGGUGAUCGGAAGCGCCAAGGCUAGCGGCGCGAAGGAGGUGCACUACCGCGGCGUGAGGAAGAGGCCGUGGGGGCGGUACGCCGCGGAAAUUCGCGAUCCGGGGAAGAAAUCGCGCGUCUGGCUCGGCACGUUCGACACCGCCGAGGAGGCGGCGCGUGCCUACGACGCGGCGGCGCGCGAGUUCCGCGGCGCGAAGGCGAAGACGAAUUUCCCCGCCACUGCCGUCCCCGCCGCCGUGCACAGCCCCAGCCAGAGCAGCACGGUGGAGUCGUCCAGCGCGGAUCUGAACGCGCGGGCUCCGGUGGAGCUGGAUCUCACGCGCCGUCUCGGCGCGGCUCCGGAUCGGGCUGUUACCGUCGCCGACGUCGGUCCGAUCGGAGGCUACCAGUUCCUGCGGCGGCAGCCGACGAUGGCGGUGCUGCCGAACGGGCAGCCGGUGAUCCUCUUCGAUCCGGCGAUGGCGGCGGCGUACGGGAUGGGGUACGGCCGCGGCGGCGCGGUGAAGAGCGAAUCCGACACCUCGUCGGUGGUGGACGAGAACAAUUUUGACGGUGCGGAGGCGAAGAGGGGGCUGGAUCUCGAUCUGAACAUGCCGCCGCCGAUCGAGGAUUGAAUUCCGUAGCCGGAGAUAAUAACUGAGGAAGAAGAAAACUGACGUUCGAUUUCUGUACAUAGAUUUGAAUUGAAGAAAGGAACCCUUGUUUUUUCGCAGCUAAGAGUAAUCUCUCUGGUUGUUACAACCGCCACCGGCGGCGAUUAGGUUUUGAUUAAUUCCGUUUUGUUGUUUUGGGAAAAAACAAAGAUUAAAAAAAAUCAUGUUAAAUUUUGAUGUUAGCUGAUUCAAUUUUCGCAUCAGAUCCAAGAAAUGUUGUUGAAUUGUAUUUGAUUCGUGAAUAAUAAUAGUGUCGUUUCAGAUAA